UUCUACUUUUCUCCCACUUUGGAAUUCCAGAAGAUUGCUCCUCUUUACCAAGAAACUCCCCCUUUUCUGCGUCUUCUGAAUUUUAGUUUUGGGUUUCUUUUUUCUGAUUUUAUUGGUUGAUUUCUUCUUAUAUUUUCCUUACUUUGUUUGUGUCUUUCUAUCGAGGGUUUACAUUUCUCUUUUCGUUUCUGGGUGUUCCUUUUAAAUCUUCUGUUUGUCAAAAGGGGUGAGAUAUUGAAAACCCAGAAGGGGAAUUUCAUUUUGGCUUCUGGGUUCUCUCGAUUGAGGCUUUUUACUUCUUUUCAGGUUGAUUUUGAGUGGUUUCAAGUGCUUUGUGGCAGAGCCCUUUUUCAGAGCUUCUAACAAAGGUGCAAAACCUAUGGUGUAAAAUUGGUCUUCCUGCAAAAGUAGUGUUGGGACUAAGAAAACGAUGUCGUUAGUCAGGCCAUCUGAUCCAUCUCCGUUGUCAUAUGGAAGUCGCAAGCUUUACUCAUUGAAAGGAAGUAAUAAUGCUCCUGACUUGUCCACACAAAGAUUUCGCUCUGGAAAACAUAGAACGAUGCAUAUGAAUGAUACAUAUUGCAGUGAGAGCUAUGAGAAGUAUUUCCUCGACUUCCCGAUAGAAGAGCUUUCGAUAUCUGGCAUUUCUACCAAUUCUUGUCACCUCAACGCUUGGGCUGAUUCAUUAUCCCCCUUGUGUGAUUCAUUUACACCUUUUGAUGCUUGUCAAUCAAAUUCAGACUCAGGUUGCCUCGAGAGUACGAGUCCAGACCAGCUUGAUUUUGAGGAUGAUCAAGUGAGACUGAAGUUGCAAGAAUUGGAGAGAGAUCUGCUGGGUGACCCUGAUGUAGCAGAUUACGAUGUUGAGAUGCUUGCAAACGGCCAGAGCAUGGAAAUUGAUAGUGAAUGGGCAAAUUCGAUUCAAGAUGCACUACUUCAGGACUCGCCAAAGGAAUCUUCGUCAACAGAUUCUAAUUUCAGUGCCAUCAGCAGCAAUAAGGAUGCAUCUCAGAUAUCUUCACAGAAUCCUAGACAAAUGCUAUUAGAAUGUGCUUUUGCUAUCUCAGAAGAGAACUUCCAAGAAGCAGCAGCCAUGAUAGAACAGCUCCGAGGUAUGGUCUCGGUUCAGGGAGAUCCCUCACAGAGGAUUGCUGCGUAUAUGGUGGAAGGUCUUGCUGCUCGGUUGUUGGAGUCAGGAAAAUGUCUUUAUAAAGCUUUGAGAUGCAAAGAACCCCCUUCCUCCGACCGCCUCGCAGCUAUGCAGAUCCUUUUUGAGGUCUGCCCCUGUUUCAAAUUUGGUUUUAUGGCAGCAAAUUGUGCCAUUAUUGAGGCAGCGAAAGAUGAGAAGAAAAUUCACAUAAUCGAUUUUGAUGUAAGCCAAGGAACUCAGUACAUAAAAUUGAUUCAGAUGCUAGCAGCUCAGCCAGGUAAGCCACCACACUUGAGGUUAACAGGGGUUGAUGACCCCGAAUCAGUACAGCGCCCCGUUGGAGGUCUUAAGCACAUUGGGCAAAGGCUCGAGCAAUUGGCAAAAGCACUGCAGGUUCCAUUUGAAUUUCGAGCGAUUGCCUCAAAUGCUUCUGAUAUUACUCCCUCGAUGCUCGCCUCCCGGCCUGGAGAAGCACUCAUAGUGAACUUUGCUUUUCUGCUUCACCACAUGCCAGAUGAAAGCGUUUCAACCGUAAAUCUACGAGACAGGCUUCUUCAAAUGGUUAAGAGCUUGAACCCAAAACUAGUAACAGUCGUCGAACAGGACAUGAACUCAAAUACCACCCCAUUCUUUACAAGGUUUGUCGAAGCCUAUGACUACUAUGCAGCUGUUUACGAUUCUCUCGAUGCAACACUCCCAAGAGAUAGUCAAGACAGAAUAAAUGUAGAAAGGCAAUGCUUAGCAAAGGACAUUGUCAACAUUGUAGCUUGUGAAGGUGAGGAAAGAGUAGAGAGAUAUGAAGUCGCCGGAAAAUGGUGGGCAAGAAUGACGAUGGCAGGCUUCACUUCUUGUUCGAUGAGCCAAAAUGUGACCGACCCGAUUCGCAAACUUAUUGAGGAGUAUUGUGACAGAUUCAAGAUGUAUGAGGAAAUGGGCACACUUCAUUUUGGAUGGGAAAAGAAAAGCUUGGUUGUUACUUCAGCAUGGAGGUAAAGAAAUUGUAUCAUUCUCAGCUCCAACAACUUACAGUGUAUGGCAUAUGUUGUUGUAUCUGUUUAGCUUCAAUACUUGUGUGUGUGAAAAGAAAAUAGUUCUAUGUUUGAUUCUAAUUAUCUAACAUUAGUUACAGCUUACUUGCUCUACUGGUUUUUUAUUUUUCCAUGGAUUAUCCUUUCUUUUCUGUGACCUUUUUUUAUAGGAAAAGGAUAAACUUUUUUUCUAUGUAA